AUGGACAAGAACUGGGUUUGGAAACCAAGGGCUAGCCUUGAGUAUCAGGAAGGAGCAAUUAGUUUUGUGAAGGCAUCAGCUUUGAGAUUGGGUCAUCCGACUGAUUUGUUGUGUCCCUGCAUUGACUGUCGCAACUUGUGUCAUCAGCCUACAGAUACAGUCGUCGAUCAUUUAAUCAUCAAGGGUAUGGAUCAGAAAUACAAGAGGAAGGAUAGCUGGUUUGAACACGGAGAUGUGUGGAGUGAUAAGCCAUCAGAUAGCGGAAGUGAAGAGCAUGAAGCUUAUGACUUGUUCAGAACAGCUUUCUUUGAUGGAGAAGUUUCACAGCCCCAUACCGACGAUGAGGUUCAGAUAGAAGAAGGUGACAGUAAGGAGGAAUCUGAGUUUAGGAAGAAACUCGAAGAUGCUGAAACUCCACUAUACUCUAGCUGUCUCAACCACACGAAAGUUUCUGCAAUUAUGGCCCUUUACCGCAUUAAAGUCAAGAGUGGUAUGUCUGAGAAUUACUUCGACCAGCUCCUCACUAUAGUUCACGACAUGCUUCCGGGUGAUAAUGUCCUUCCGAGAUCAACAGAUGAGAUGAAGAAAUUCUUGAAAGUGUUUGGUUUUGGAUAUGAUCAGAUUCAUGCCUGCACAAACGACUGCAUUCUUUACCGUAAGGAAUACAAGGACAUGACAAGCUGCCCAAGAUGUGGUGUCUCAAGAUGGGAAAGGGAUAAUCACACUGGUGAGGAGAGGACAGGGAUACCAGCCAAGGUUCUGAGGUAUUUUCCCAUCAAAGAUAGAUUCAAGAGAAUGUUUCGAUCUAAAAGGAUGGCUGAAGACUUAGUUUGGCAUUAUAACAAUGCUAGUUCAGACGGUACAAUGCGGCAUCCAGUAGACUCUAUAACUUGGUCCAGUGUGAAGGAUAAGUGGCCACAGUUCUCUGACGAAGCAAGAAACCUCCGGCUUGGACUUUGUACAGACGGUAUGAAUCCUUUCUCAAUCCAGAACACAAAAUACAGUACAUGGCCGGUGUUAUUAGUCAACUACAACAUGCAUCCAACAAUGUGUAUGAAGUCAGAGAACAUUAUGUUGACUUUGCUGAUCCCUGGACCAACUGCGCCGAGCAACAACAUCGAUGUGUAUCUAGCUCCUUUGAUAGAUGACCUAAAGGAUUUGUGGAAUGAAGGUAUUGUUGUUUAUGACUCGUUCAAGCAGGAGAAUUUCACACUAAAGGCGAUGUUGUUGUGGACUGUCAGUGAUUAUCCUGGAUUAGGUACACUAGCUGGGUGUAAAGUCAAAGGGAAACAAGCAUGUACUGUCUGUGGAAAGGACACACCCUUUAGAUGGUUGAAGUUUAGUCGAAAGCAUGUAUAUCUGGGCAACAGAAAGAGGCUGCGACCUGAGCAUCCUUACAGACGAAGAAGAAAAUGGUUUGACAACACAGCUGAGGAAGGGACUGUAUCUAGAAUUCAAAGUGGAGCAGAGAUUUUUGAGACACUGAAGGAUUUCAGAAAUAAUUUUGGGAGACCGUUAGAGAAGAAUGGGAAAAGAGAAAGAAAAGUUCAGUGUGAAGAUGGGGUUAUUUCAGAAGAUGAUGAAUACGAAGAAGACACAGAACAUUGGAGGUGGAAGAAAACGUCCAUCCUCUUCGAGUUACCUUACUGGAAGGAAAUGCCGGUUCGUCACAACAUUGAUGUCAUGCACGUGGAGAAGAAUGUCUCUGAUGCUAUCAUAUCUAUUAUGAUGCAAAAUUCGAAGUCAAAAGAUGGUGUGAAAUCAAGAAAGGAUCUGGAAGAUAUGGGGAUUCGAAAGAACUUACAUGUUCAGCUCAAAGGGAAGAGAACAUACUUACCUCAUGCUGCCUAUUGA